UGUCAACAACAGUCUUGUCCUCUGAGAAGUCGAAGGCUCAGCUAGCGAGUAUGAAGCCACAAGAGCCAUCUGCACCAGGUAUCCCCGGGAACCGGCGUUGCAAUCGGCGCUUCGAGCUGGUCCAUCAGCGUUGACUAUAGUCCAUAACAGCAUAGGACGGCAGACACGCAUUGGCAGGCGGACUGGCGCCACCAGCAUGAUCAAGGACAAAACACAAUGUACCUUUCCAGACGAUGCUCAUGUGGAUUAGGAGCAUGGUCUCGAGACCCAAGUGCGCAGGUGGAGAGACACGACGAAAGGUAGGCGCAGGAGGGGACGAAGACCGCACGUCUAAUAUCUAUGAAACACGGUCAAAUAAUGGUGCCGCCCAGAGAACCAACUCGUUACCUAGGCACCUACGAGACAUGGCAGGGGACAUGGGAGUGGGAGCACGAUUCCAUUCCACACAGCUCUGGGGAUCGAGAGCUCUCAAAGGUCCGAAUCUGAAGGCACGAGAGACCACCGAAUCUCUUUAGCACUCAUACUUGUCCGCCGACGCAUAUUGCCAACAACAGAACGGCCUUCCUCGACGUGCUCGAGCAGGGAGGGAGACUGUCGCCCCCGUGACGACGCGCUUUGCCACCACGGAGCGGGAAGAGGUCAAGCACUCAAGCUCCCUUGUUUGGAAAUCCACGCAGGACCACAGUCAAUUUCACACCGGCGGGGACGUCGAGCGAUCAGUUGUGCAGGUUUUCGAGCAGUCUAUGGAGAGGCAUGGCAGCGUGACCAAUGCUAAUGAGGUGGAACAGAGCCGCUGCGGGAGGGAGACCGCUCCAACGUUCGCUUCAAGCCCGGAGCUAUUCUGGACUUCAUGCACUCUGGUGCUGCAGGCACAGGUUAGACCCUGUGGGAGCUGAUCAAUUUGACUGAUCGGAAGAGUCAACGGCAAGAAUUGCUGCUGGAUCGUCCUAGAAUAGCUGAUCAGCUUGCUGACCUCGCCGAUUCAUAUUGAAAGUCUCCUUCAAGUGCGGCCUUGCUCUCGGUCGGUCUGGAGCGCCUACCCUGGCCUUGCUUCUCCCAGACACGGCAGGUAGCCGUAAAAUCGCCACGAAUGCCUCAGCUGACUUCGAUCACGGUUGGCGGGCCGGCAAUUUCAUUCAACUCGCCCCGAGUCCAGAUGACAGGGGACAAUUGGAUCGACACAGAGAGCAUACAUGAAUCAAUGAGAAAGACGAAAGAGAAACAGACUAUCACUGUUUGUUGUCCCGAUGCAAUCUAUCGCUUACAAACAUGCAUCCACAUUGUUACCGACGGACAACGCGAUGGAUCAGUCUCCUGUACAGCACCUCGCGAGCCUGCAGCUCGACAGGGUGCAGAGACCAUAGGAGACGCGAGAAGUUUCGCUAAUCAUCCGUUAGGGAACGUGGACUGGCACUCACUGAUGUCGGCUUCGGUCCUUAACGAAGAAGACUGGGUCUGGGUACUUCCGGGAAGACCUGUUGCCAGAAUCGGAUGGUCACAAUACCCUUGACAAGCGAAUGGUAUAGGAGCAGCAGCCAGCGUACAACCCAGCGGAGUACAUCCGCCGAACAGUUUCAUGGCCGUCCUCACCAGAAAUGUCCUCCGACAAACAAGGUCCGGAGGUAUUAAGACGCCACAUUCACCUCGCCACUGCCCCAUGUGAGCCAGGUGAGCCCGAUCACAUGGUCAUGCAUGAUCUGGACGUAUACUUCUGAGGUCCUCUUGCAGUUACGGCAAGCGUGCGUCGAUACACACCGAUGCCGCAGAAAUUGCCCGAGCGACUCAUAUCGAGGUCGUGACCAAGAAUAAGACUCACCAAAACCAGAUGACAUAUCGCAUCUUCUCUAAUUGGCGCCAAAGUGUAUAUCGUGAUCAUUCCGGAAUUUCGCAAGGCUGGUUGUCCCUAGUGGUAACAGACUUUCCCCACAGAAGUGUGAGACUGUCGCGACCUCAAGAGAUAUAUUGCCGAAAAUCAACCAGAACGUUAAUGUGAGGCCCAAGCUGCCAGGUAAAGCUUGAUCGGAACCACGGCUCAGAUCGCGGAGUUGAGUGUCAAGUGGGCUGCGUCCAGCACAGCUUCAGACCUCGCCAUAUGGACUCGAACGCGCGACGCCGGGGGGAAGCUAGGGCAAGCCAUGAACAAAGUCCAACCCGAGGUUAACCCUUGUGGAGGUUUCAAAGCUUCAUACCACAAUCAUGUCUUCAAGGACAUUGUUAGUCGACGUGCCAAGCGCCUGGACGGACGGCUCGAUUGCUGAGGCUUGUUAGGUGUCCCAUACAGACGCACAACCGGCCAGCCAUUAGAGUGGAGAAAAUGCGAAUAACAAGACUCGAUCUCUAUGGCACCGGCCCGCUUGAACCUCGGAACAUGAUUCAGGCUGGGGAAGGGUGUUCUUCACAGUAACCCCUUGCAUAUCUGGUUCCGCGCGCUACUACUAGCAUUCGAAAGGAAGGACUCCCUGAUUUUACUUAGUCGAAUGACCGGGGACUAACCAGGUGUUGACGACUUUGAUCCUUGUACGAGACGACAUGCACUAUAGGACGUGCCUUUCCCCUUUCUGAUUUCGUGGGGAUGGGUGGGCAUGGAAGCAUGUCAGGGCAAUGGCCCCGACGCCAAAAGCCAGCACUACGACGUUACUACUACCCUAGCCGUGACUUGCUGGCAACUUGAACACCAUACCAGAAGUCAUGGCGUCUCGCUUGAUCCUCGGCUUUUUUUCCAAUGCUGCGCCUUCACAUUCGGGAAGUCUGAUGAGAGGGGCGUGAAAGGUGUGGUGUUUCUAUCUGGGGAUACCUCUCUCCGCAGUCUGGGCAGCUGGACGAAGCUGUCUCUACGAGGAUCAACAUGUGGUGAACCAGUGCAUGCAGGCCGCUUUAUUUAUCCAACCUUGCAAGCACAUUCUGGGUCUUGAGGACUAGGAGCAUUGAUUGCCAAUCACCGCCUGAAGCACCCCUGCCGCAUUCUCCGCUGCACACCAUGUGGUUAGCCUGGAGCCAUCCCAACCCCGGAGUGGAGGUGGCCGGGGCAGUUGACAUGCAAAAGUUGAUUCUCAGCCUUCUAGGCUCGUUCCAGUGCAGUAGCCAUCACCUGCCUACUCUCCGGUGCACGCCCCCUUGGUUGGAUUUCCCUCCCUCCAUCUUCGGCUUCACAUCGGGUGGCUUCUGAUUGCGCGCUAGCUCCCCUCUGAUCACGACUAUAGUAUACACAGACCAGACUAAGCUAGGAACGGCGGUUGAAGUCAGGCAUGAAGGUCCGCAUGUCUGGCCCCCAGGCUCGAGACAUUAAAGGCUCGAGGGGUCUCCAUGUUUUCACGAUGCUCUUCAUCUCGACCCAACAUCAACUCUGCCUGUCUCUUCCGAACGGAGCGAGAGAGAAACCACCGCAGCCAUGUCAAACUCGGAGAAGGUUGUCGAUCCUCCGCAAAGGGGUUCUCCCCAUCGUCUUGAGCCAGUCCAAUCGAUUGACAAGACCAAGGAUGUCGUGGAAGUGAGAGAGGUCAAAGGCAGUGAGGCCUACAAUGAAGCCUUGCUCAAAGAGCCGGUACCGCUCACACAUCCGCGCACAUUGAUGCUUUUUGGUGCCCUCAUGAUCGGGUUCUUCUGCCAAACCAUGAACGGUUACGACACCAUGUUGUUCGGGGGUCUGCUUAACAACAAGGAAUACUUCCUGGCCCAUUUCCACGGCGAGAACAAGGGCAUUUGGGCUGGACUGAUCACCUCCAUGUAUCAGAUUGGAGGAGUCUGCGCUCUGCCAUUUGUCGGUCCUUGCAUCGAUCAAUGGGGCCGUCGUUGGGGCAUGUUCAUUGGCAGUCUGCUCAUUGUUGUGGGCACCAUCGUUCAAGGAUUGACGUCGGCCAAUGCCUCCGAAGGCCAAAUGAUGGGAGGCCGAUUUGUGCUCGGUUUCGGUGUCUCCAUCGCCGCCGCUGCCGGCCCCAUUUGGAUCGUCGAGACGGCUCAUCCCAAACACAGGGGUGUCAUCACUGGUCUUUGCAACACCACCUGGCUGGCCGGUUCGAUUUUGUCUUCCGGUGCGACUCGUGGUGGCCUCAAUGUCAAAGGGAAUGCCUCGUGGCUCAUCCCUGUCUGGUUGCAGAUGGUCUUCCCUGGCCUCAUCUGCAUCUUCUGCCUCGCUCUUCCCGAGAGCCCGCGAUGGUUGUACACACGUGGAAAGAGGGAGUCGGCGAUCAGCACCCUCACCAAAUGGCAUGGGUUUGGCAACCGUGAAUCCGCCUGGGUGCGACUUCAAGUGGCCGAGUACGAAGAAUUCCUCGAGUUGGACGGUUCGGACAAACGUUGGUGGGAUUAUCGUGGCCUCUUCAACAAGAGGUCCAGCCUUUACCGAGUGGGCGUAGCGUGUUGGUUCUCGGCCUUUACCCAAUGGUCCGGCAACUCCGUGCUGUCGUAUUUCAUGUCUGCAGUCUUGGAUACUGCUGGCGUCAACGACUCCAUCGGCAAGGCCAACGUCAGUUUGGGGUACAGCGUGUUCCAGUUCGUGUUCGCCGUGCUGGGCGCCCACUUUGUGGAACGCAUCGGUCGUCGCAAGAUGAUGAUGGCCGGCUUCUUCGGCGUAUCCAUUGUCUGGAUCUGCAUGACCGCCUCGGCCGGUACGCUGGCCAGCUCGCUUGUGUCCGGCAGCGUCGACGGCGGCGAUGCGGUAUUCAGCAACCACGCGGCCGGCCACGCCGUGCUCGCCUUCAUUUUCAUCUAUGGGGCCGUGUACUCGUUCAACCUCACGCCCCUGCAGUCGCUGUACCCGGUGGAAUGUAUCUCGUUUGAGAUCCGUGCCAAGGGCAUGGCGUUCCAGUCCUUCUUCGUCAACGCUGCAGGCCUGAUCAACCAGUUCGCCUGGCCCAUUGCCCUCAAGAAGAUCGAGUGGAAGACAUACAUCAUCUUCAUUGUCUGGACGGCCAUCCAGGGUGUCUUGUCGUAUUUCUUCUUUCCGGAAACAAGGAAGCGAACGCUCGAGGAACUCGAUCAGAUCUUCGAGGCCAAGAACCCCGUCAAAUAUUCGAUCAGGAAAAAGACCGUCGCUGUCACUGAGGACCGGACCCUUGUUUCUGUUGACAAGGACGCCAAGGUCUAAGGGUUCGUUCGAAAAGAACCUGACAAGAGAAGUUAGGAACAAGGCUGUCUCAUUUGUCGAGGAGAUUUUCGUGACUGCAGAACAUCAGCUGCGUCUCCUUGAUACCAAUGUCACUGCCACUGCCACUGAGGUGUGGCUACGCCUUGUCAUUCACAGUGGGUAGGCUGAUGUGAUUGACGGUCGGCCGGUAUCAUGAUGCGUCGAGACACAAAAAGGGGAGGGGCGGCAUGAAUUAACAGCACGAUCUUCAAGUUGUGCUCGAUGUUGCUUGUUGAGGUACUAGUAGUUCAAUUGCAAGUAUACUUUUAACUUUAUCUGUCCAUUCAUUUAAUUGGUCAACUCUAUUCUGUAAACCAG